AUGCAGAUGCGUAUGCAACAAAUCGGCCAUUUCUUCAAGCUGUAUUGGCGAAUGGUUUUCGCGAUUCUUUGGGCUCUGUUACCGCUGCCCGCCCUCAUAAUGUACAAUUAUCCGAAAAUUGCCGCGACAUCCCCCGAGGCGCCUCGAAUUCGUCAACGCGCCCCGCGCGUUCAGGUCGAUCCGAUUUAUUUGGACCUGUUGCGCCCGCAGGAAAGCAGGUGCGCCUACAUCAUGUUCCUGAUAGGCGGUUACUGGGUGACGGAGUGCAUGCCGGUCGGCAUCACGUCGCUGAUACCGAUAGUGCUGUUCCCGCUGUUCGGCAUCCUCAGCACCCAGGAGACGUGCGUGUGCUACAUGAACGACACCAUCAUGGUCUUUAUCGGCGGUCUGAUCCUCGCAAUCGCCACCGAGCACUCCAAUCUGCAUCUGCGGAUCGCCCUGAUCGUGAUGAAGACGCUCGGCUGCAGCCACGCGAAAUUGCUCGGCGGUCUCUGCACCGUCACCACUUUUAUAUCCAUGUGGAUCGCCAACGCGGCCGCCACCGCCCUCAUGAUACCCAUCGUCUUCGCCGUUCUCCGCGAAUUGGAGAAGCAAGGACUCGCCAAGGUGUUCGACGUGCGGGAGGACCCGGAGCGUCCGGAUGCCGAGCCGUGACCGACGAAGUUGGCGAAGGCCUACCUGCUCGCGGCGGCGUAUUCGGCGACUUUCGGCGGCACCGGGACGAUCGUCGGCACCCCGACGAAUCUCGCCUUCAAAGGUAUCUACGAGUAUAACUUUCCCGGUGCCGAGCCCAUCGCCUUCGGCGACUGGAUUGUCGCGUCGUUCCCGCAGAUGGUCACCAACUCCUUCUUCCUGUGGCUGUACCUGCGAGUCGCUUUCCUGGGCUACCUGAGGCCUCGCAGUAAGGACGCGGAGAUGGCGAAGAUCGGCGAGGAAGGCGAGGCCAUCGCGAAUCAAGUGAUUGGCCAGAACCUCAAGAAUCUGGGACAUAUGACGUUUCACGAGACUUCCGUCGCCACGCUCUUCCUAGGCUGCGUGUUUCUGUGGAUCUUUCGAGCGCCCGGAUUUAUUCGCGGCUGGUCGGAGUUGUUGACGGAUAUAAACUUGGGGGACUCGGUGCCCGUGAUCUUUGUGUGCGUGUUGAUGUUCUUCAUCCCGAAGGAACCGGUCUUCGUGCGCUUCUACAGCAAGGACCCAUCCAAGCGGGCGACCGGGCCGUCCGAGGGUCUCAUCACCUGGGACGUGAUCCGCACCAAGUUGCCGUGGCGGCUGGUCUUCCUGUUGGGCAGCGGCUUCGCCAUCUCGAAGGCCAACAGCGUCUCGGGCUUCGCCAGGAGACUCGGCCAGGCUCUGAUGCCGUUGAAGGAACUGCCUCCUCUACUGAUGCUCACUCUCGUCCUGGUGUUCGUCAGCACGAUGACGGAGUUCACGUCGAACGUCGGCACGGCGAACAUACUUCUGCCGAUCGUCGCUCACAUGUGCUCGGCGAUGGAGAUACACCCGCUGUACCUGAUGAUGCCGGUGACCCUCAUGUGCUCGUAUGCCUUCAGACUGCCGGUCGCUACGCCGCCGAACGCGAUCGUCAGCAUCAGCGGCCACAUACCGACUAGCGCGCUGAUAGCAGCCGGCUGCUUCCCGGCGGUCUACAGCGUGAUCGUGCAGGUUAUCUUCUUCCCUACCUGGGGAGUCUUCAUCUACGGCAUCAGGGAAUUCCCCGACUGGGCGCGGAAGUCAUGAUCCGAUCUCGUCGCGCCGCAACGUCAUUGACAAUAACCGACCGUGAGAGGAGUAUUCUAUUAUCUGUCGCGCGUCUCGCGUCGUUGCAGUCGUAAUCGCGUCGCAACGACACAAUUAAACAUAAUUAAACGAGAUGUAUCGAAUAAUUAUUGUAACAUAAAUAAACGUUGAA